AUGGCGGUAACAAGGCGCGCUUACAUAUUCGGCGCUUUCGUGUCCGGUGUGCUGUGCGUGUUGUUGGUGGUGGUUGCGAUUUCCAGCGACAGUUGGAUAGUAUCGUCUGCGACAGCCGAAAAUCAGGUACGAGACAGUGAUGUGCGCUACGGACUUUUUAGGGGGGAGCUUGCUCUACGGAACCUUGACACGGCAUCUUACAACACCCUGUACAUGACCUGCUUGUCCGACAUCGGCGCGUGUGGCGUGAGCUGUAAAACUGAGGCGCAGGCUAGAAAGGACGAGGUACGUGCGAUGGCGGCAGGUUUGCGGCCGAAUCAAGCAUGUGUUUCAGUAACUACUAUAGAAGAAGAUAACCCGUUGUACGGCCCAGCUGUGAUUUCGUACUCCGUCUACGUGAGCGUCACGGCUUUUCUGUUCUUCCAAUUGGCGUUUGCCGUGGUGGCUGCCGCGCUGGCCAUCAUCAAUGCCACGAAGAACCCCACUGAGCCAGUCUUCGGUUUACCUGGUUGUCUUUGGACAAAUGUAGUGGCGGCGGUGUGUGGACUGACGGUGCUACUGCUGUUUGGCAUUUACUGGGCGACGUCUGGUUUGAAGGACCAUUUAGCGCUGUCGUACAUAGCUGCUGGACUCUUUGUGCCGGAUCCAGGGCUGGGUUACUCGUACUGGAUGCUGCUGCCAGCCGUAAUGUGCUCGCUGGCUAACGUCGGCCUGGUGGAGCUACGGAGGUACCUUUUGGAGAGGGACCCACCUCCGCCCACCAUUAAAGUGGAGAACCACUCCGAUGGCACGAUAUUCCUUUAC